AUGCGAACAAAUGUGCCAUUGAGCUCUCGAUAUAGCUAUCACGCUGUUUUUAGCGAUGUCUGCAAGACCAGAUUCAACCAUUUGGUGACUCGAUUGUUGCUGAGUGUCUCGCUGGCACUGGGACUGAUCCUGGCGCUGAGUGGGGCCCCAGGGCGAGAAAAAAUGGUUAAAAAACUGGUGCUUUGGCCUGCCAAAACAUUGAUGUGCUACCUGGCCGUUUUGCUCGUUGUGGUCACACGCAAGAAUUACUUGCACGUCAACUCACCAGGCUACUCGAGCAUCGUCACGCAGAUCUACGGCCAAUUGUGCUCGCUUAAGUUCGGCGUUUACUUGGGAAUUUACUGUGUCAGCAACAUCUGCAUCGCUGCGGCCGCCAGAGAUGCCAUUUAUGGGCCCUCUCUGCGAUCCCAGCACCUCUUUGCCUACCGUCUCACAAACUGGGCGCUGGUGCCGGCGCUGUAUGUUGUGCAGCAUGUGGUGUUUGAUCUGGAUAAAUUGAUGUUUCAGUAUGGCUCCCAACAUCAACAUCCUCAGCGUUACAUUGGCUCCAAACUCAAAAAUAUGCUUACCAAAUGCCUCGUGCUCACUUUUGGGACCAUUUUUAUUUCGCCGCUCUGUACAGUUUACUUGACUCCAAAAAGCAGCACAAUGAGCUUUGGGCUAUUGUGGAAAAGCGCAGUUGCCGCUAUGUUGAGCUACACACUCUGGGAUUUCGUCAACUUGGCAUUUAGCGCGUAUCUGUCGAUUGGCUGUUUACACAAGGGCAAGCCCAUCUCGUCUUUAUCAUCCACACCCAUGGAAACUCUUGCGACGGGCCUCGCUUCAAAAAAACCAUUCACUAAGCUGACCGCGUUCCAAGAACUUUCUUUCAGGGCCACAUCUCCUGACAUGCAACUCAGAUUACCAAUUUACCACACGCGCUACAAAAAUGUGUAUAUAUGGCCAAGCAUUUUGAAAGAGUGUCUGGCUACGAUAAAUGAGACCAAUGUCAGCGUGGCAGUAUUUAUGAAGGGAUUGGAACAUCAGGAAGAAACCUAUCGCAAAACAAAGCCUUUGGGAAAAUCAGAAUUCUUAGAAGAUGGAUUCACGCAAGAGGGUCUAUUCGGAAAUGACUUUGUAAUAACAACCAGCUCCCAGUCCAGGAUACCGGGAACACCCGAGCCUCAUGACUCACACUUAACUCACAGAAUCAAAGUCAAAAACAACAAUGUCUUUGCCAAAAAUCAUAGUUUACAGUUUUCAAGUCCCUUCCAAUUUUCCAACGCUGCAAACAAUCGUAUACUAACACACCAAACGACUAUCACCAACGUGUUUUGUGACUGCGUGAAGAAGAUCAAAGAAGCGUUCAUUUCAUUUUUCUUCCCAGUUCAAAAUGCAGACUCAACCCCGCAAUUAUCUUCGUUUGAGCUCUGGAGAAUAUCUAAGAAAAUGCAAGCAGAAAAGCUGGCACCUCUCCCCGUUUGUCACGCAGAGUGUGCUGUUUCUUUGAUGGCAUUGCUGAUCAAGUCUUUGAAAGAGGAUCCUAAGGGUGCCGUGGUUUCCUCCGUGGGCGAAGUUUUGAAGAUUUUGGAGAGAUCCGUUGGUUCUUUGGGAGCCUUUGCGGAAUGGAAUGACUCCCAAGUCAGAAAGGACCUAUCCGUGCCAGAUGUUAUCACAAUUCUCUACGACCUUUCAAUCAAUGCAUUUCUGGAAGUGGUUCUGAACUAUAAUGAACUGCUGAACGAUGUCUAUCUGGAUGACGAUGUUGUGAAACUGAGCAAGUGGGUGCUUGAGAUAUGCAACGAAUAA